AUGGCGGAUGGAGGACCAGCAGUGGAUGUUGAGUCGGCCAUGGAUUCACUAGACCAAGAGUGGGCGGAGAUGAUGAACAAUCCAGAGGAUGCCCGAGUCUCUCCCCCGCCGAAGCGUAGGCGUGUGAGUGGAGAGAUGAGCCAGGCGUCUGCAAAGAAAAGUGCCAAUCCCAAGGCUAAGACGAAGCCUAAAGCUGUUGCAAAGACCAUUCUCAAGGCUACAUCCAGCAGAGGUCCCAAGCACAGGCUUUGCAAAGGCUGCAGGAAGAAAAUUCCUGUGGAAGAAUGCCCUCCGGGGUUUUACGGGUGUUAUCCGUGCAAGCGAGCAUUGGAUAACAUCACGAAGCUUGCAGCGAGACAAGGUGAGGAGCAGCAGGCGUUUGUACGAACUGCCAGGGCUGAUGAUGACAAAUGCUUUGCAAUGGUCCAGUCGUACCUCGAGGCAUGCCCGGAGUCGCUCGAGACCGCCUCAGGCAAAAAGCGAGGCCAGUGGAGCGUUGUUCGCUACAUGGAACGGGUGACGGCGGCCACUGGCCUGCUAAAGGACGCGGUGGGAGAGAUGAUGUGGCUCAAACUUUACAUCGAAUUCGCCCAAACGACCAGAGGAGGGCGAUUGACAGACGACCAGGCCUUGGCGACUUGGAAGCAGUGGGAAGAGAAGAAGAACCGUGGCGAGCAAAUUCUUCAUGAUUUCGGAGGGCCAGACAACAGCCAGCUGCGGUUUUGGGUUAAAACCGCUGACACCCUGACCUACAGGUCUUCCUUCUUCAAGGAGAAGUCCGUGGAGUGCGAAGGCGAGAGCAUUCGCAAAGCCGGUGAUGACCAGGUUGAUCGCCUGAAGGCAAACAUCACUCGCAACCAUGGGAAUGAGGCUGAGUUUGACGGCAUUGCCGCAUCCAUGGCUGUCAACGGCCAGAACGCAUUCUUGGGAAAGGAUGGAUUCCUUGACAUUCUCCAGCUGAAGGCCGAUGUCGAGGACGACUCGGAGGAUGAGGCGCACGAGCCGGAGGCCACCGCUUCAUUGGCUGAAGGUUCUGAGGAGAAAGGCAAGAAGGACAAGAAGGCGGACGCGGACAAGACGGCAUGGGUGGAGCGAGACAAGCAAGUCUCCCAGUCAGUGCGUGCAGCCACGGCAGCUUUGCAUGCCUUCCAGGAGAAGUCUCAGAGGCAGUUGGCUCGCCAGGAAUCUGAGAUGACGGAGCUGAUCGCAAAGUUCGGCGACGAGAAGAGCAACUUCAUGGGGGAGAUCAAGAUCUAUGAGGUGCGCCUCGAGGCUUUGAAGCUAUGCUUGCAAAACGAUGAAACCGCUUUGAAGCAAUUCAUUGCCCGCUUUGCCGGCGGCUUGGCCGUCAACUCCGAGGACGCGGAUGCCAGCAGGAAGGUGGAGAUCGGCAACUGCCCUCCCAUCGAGCUGUACCAGAAGCUCCAGACGUUUGACGGCCUCAGCAAGCUCAUCGAACGGUACCACACGGCCACGCAGGCGAAGCACAUCAAGGACAUCACCGCCGUUCUCACCGAGGCUCGUCUUCCAUUGUCCCAGCUCCUUGGGGCUUGCUUGCGUGCAGAGAAGUCGAUUAAGGGCGCCCAGGAUCAGUUGAAGAAGCAGCGCGAUCGACGGCAGGCGGAAGCUCAGAAGCCCAGGCCCAACCCCGCAUCAAGCGAUGCAGCAGCCCUCUUCGAUCAAGGUGCCGCCGUUGCAGAGGAGCUUCCAAGGUAUCAGUUGGCAGGCUUGAAGGAUGCGACCUUCAACAUGUCCGCACCUUUCGUGAUUGCGGCUCCCGAGUGGGUAGUGCAGGCCGAGGCAGAGAAGGGCAACUUCAAGUUGGCCAUGGAUGAAUUCAUCACGACUUUUGAUGUGACCCGAAAGCAGCAGAAGGGCAUCCGUGUUUCGAAGGUCCCGGAGCAUCCUCUUGAGGAUGACAGCUUCGAUAUGCGUAAGUUGUCAUUGCAGGCUUUAGGCCAUGGCCCUGAGAUCAGAAAUCUUCCAGCGACUGCAAGCGCAGAGCUUAUCAAAGCUAUGAGCCCGUCCUUCUUCGGCAUCGAUGCAGGCUACGACAAGGUGAGUGGAGAAUACCUCGGCUUGCCCGUGCUGCGGCUCACCGCCUAUGGCACACGGAAGGUCGUCCUCACGGAGAUGCUUCAGUUGGUGAACUUCAUGGUCAACAAGAAGGGCAUCCAGGGCAACAUCACGGUCGCUCGGUGCUCUUCCUUCUUCAAGUGCAUGGGGCCACAAGUCUUGAAAGAGUACAAAGAGCAAUCUUUGCUCUUCACAGGCACGAUCGCCAAAGGUGAUGUGUUGUACCUGCCAUGUGGAUCCUUGUGUGCUGAGUAUGUCACAGAGGUCACGGUCGGCUACCGGCUACCGGUGUUGCUGAAUGAGAGCGUGAUCGACAAGAACAUUAUGGCCACCUUGACUCGCAAGACGGAGGAGUUGAAGGCUGCGGCUUCAUCCAGCUCAGAUUCGAAGAAGGCCGAGAUGGACUUGAAGCUCUUGGAAGAGUGGAUUGGUGCGGCGAGAACCAAGUUAAUCCCCCCGGUGCCCCCAUCAGCUGAGCCUCCUGCCGAGGAGCCAAAAAAUUCCGAGCCACCUCGCAAUCCACCUGAGCCUCAGGCUUCGGCUUGA